GCGAAGGGGUCGUGACACCCAGCAACCCACUUUUAGGGCCAGGCCUGUCGGAUGGCAACUGCCGAGGAGAUGUCAGAAGACCAAAACGAAUACAGCGCCACGACAGCAGAACCUCACAUUCCGCUCAACCCCAACGCACGUCACCCACCACUCCUCUGCAGAUCACGCAUCGACAUAAUUUCCACUCCGCCAUGUUGUGCCCGCUGACCGCAUGCAUCGAGCCCCAAACGGAACCGGAAUCAUGUCUGACUCCCGCAGCUCACCCCACGGGGCCCUUUCCCUCUCACCCUUCCCAACCCGACGAAACACCACCAAGCACGUCGCCCACCAUGGUUGCCCCUCUUAGCACCCUCGUUCUAGCGCUCGCCGCCCCGCUCGCCGUCGUCCACGGGGCACCGACCUUCACCACCUCCACCUCCACCACAGCAACCACCACCACCGACAUCGACAUCACCAUCGGCAGCAGCAUCAACAUCAGCCUCAACCUGACCCUCACCCAGCCCCUCGGCGGCGGCGUCCCGCUGCGCAUCAUGCCGCUCGGCGCCUCCAUCACGUACGGCACGGCCUCGUCCGACGGCAACGGCUACCGCAGCGUGCUGCGCCAGCUGCUCGUCGACGGGCCGGGGAACAAGGUCAACAUGGUCGGCACGCGGCAGGCCGGCGACAUGGUCGACCGCGACGUGGAGGGGUGGCCCGGGUUCCGCAUCAGCCAGGUGCGCGACAAGGCGAUGGCGCCGGGGUGCGUGCCGCAUCUCAGGCCGAAUGCCGUGCUGGUCAAUGCCGGGACGAAUGAUGCCACCCAGGACUGGGAUGUUGAGCGUGCCGGGGAGCGUAUGGAGAGGUUGUUGAGGGAUCUGUGGGGGGCGUCGCCGCGGGCCGUGGUGGUGCUGAGCACGCUGUUGGUGAAUAAGAAUCUGGAGGCGGAGGAGAGAGUGAGGGUGAUUAAUGAGCAGUAUGUGGAGCUGGCGAGGCGGUUGCGGGAGGAGGAGGGGCGGAGGGUCGUGUUGGUCGAUAUGCAUGGCGCCGCGGGGCCGACGGCGGAGGACCUGGCGGAUGAUACGCACCCGAACGAUGUGGGUUAUCGCAAGAUGGCGGACCUGUGGUUCAGGGGCUUGGUGGCCGCGAGUUAUGCCGGCUGGUUGCAGGCGCCCGAGCCGGUGCCGGGGCUGCCGGAUGAUGGUGAGGCGUAGGGGGUUCAAGGGAGAUGGGGGGGGGGGGUGCAUUGUUAGGCGCUAGGGUUGUUGGAAACAGUCACUUUUGGGUGUGAAUUGCGUUUGAAUU